CUCAUGAAGCUCGGCCGCUGCAGGGACUGUGGGGGGGAGGACGGGGUCAGUAGAUCUGCUUCCUGUCCACCUGAGACAUGUCCAGGGAGGGGUCCGUGCUGGCGCUGAGGAAGUGCCUGGCCUGCCUGGAGUUCAUGUUGUUCCCGGUGUGGCGGGGGAUUGGGGCCGGCGGCGGCGGCGCCGGCUGGAGCCAGGGCUGGGGCCGCUGCCUGAGAUGGGAGCCCUACAGUCGGUACCGGGGGCCCAGGAUGCCGGCGUUUGACUACCCGGUGUGGCUGGUGCUGUGUCGCCGAGGCCGGGCCCGGUUCAGGGAGGUCUGCCAGCGGGGCCGAGGGGCCAUCAGGCUGCCCACCGACAUGCUGAGCAUCAAGCUGCCGCAGCUGUUCGACAUCCAUCAGAUCCCCAAGGUGUUCAGGGAGGACAGCAUCAUCUCCGGCUACCGCCACCCCAGCAGCUCGGCCCUGGACUGUGUCCUCAGCAGCUUCCAGUUGACCAACGAGACCAUCAACAUCUGGACCCACUUCCUGCCCACAUGGUACUUCCUGUGGCGGUUCUCGGUCCUGUGCGCCACCAUGAACUUCCUGAGCGACAGCUACACGUGGCCGCUGCUGGUCUACAUGCUGCUCAUCUGCAUCUACCCCUUCACCUCCAGCUGCGCCCACACCUUCAGCACCAUGUCCCCGGAGUCCCGCCACAUCUGCUACUUCUUCGACUACGGCGCCCUCAGCCUCUACAGCCUCGGCUGCGCCAUCGGCUACGGCUACUACGUCAUGCCGGACUGCUGGGUCAACACGUGGCUCCAUCAGCACUUCGUCCCCAUCGCCAUCGGAAACACGCUGUUCUGCACCAGCAUGUCCUGUUACUCCAGGUUCCUGGAGCUGCAGUUCCCUCAGAGGAGUAAAGCUCUGCGGACGGCGGCGUUCAUCGUGCCCUUCAUCUUCGACACGGUGCCCCUGUUCUACAGGAUCCUCCUGUGCUGCGGGUGGAGCUGCGGUCCGAGCGGCGCCCUGUCCAGUCACUGCUACCACCUCCUGUUCGCCUUCCUCACCUGCUUCCUGUUCACCGCCCACCUCCCGGAGAGGCUGGCCCCCGGGCGCUUCGACUACUUCGGCUGCGCCAUCGGCUACGGCUACUACGUGAUGCCGGACUGCUGGGUCAACACGUGGCUCCAUCAGCACUUCGUCCCCAUCGCCAUCGGAAACACGCUGUUCUGCACCAGCAUGUCCUGUUACUCCAGGUUCCUGGAGCUGCAGUUCCCUCAGAGGAGUAAAGCUCUGCGGACGGCGGCGUUCAUCGUGCCCUUCAUCUUCGACACGGUGCCCCUGUUCUACAGGAUCCUCCUGUGCUGCGGGUGGAGCUGCGGCCCGAGCGGCGCCCUGUCCAGUCACUGCUACCACCUCCUGUUCGCCUUCCUCACCUGCUUCCUGUUCACCGCCCACCUCCCGGAGAGGCUGGCCCCCGGGCGCUUCGACUACUUCGGCCACAGCCACCAGCUCUUCCACAUCAGCGCCGUGGUGGGAACCCACUUCCAGAUGGAGGGCGUCAUCGCCGACAUGGCGGCGCGGAGGGCGUGGCUCCAGGCCCACGGCGUGAUGCCGUCUGUCCUCGGCACCGGGGGGGCCCUGGCCGUCAGCCUCGUCCUCAACCUGGGCAUCAUCGGCAUUUUCAGCGCGCCGUUGCUGCGGAAACCGUGCCACGCCUCUGCGCUGGAGCGCAAGGAGCAGUGAGGGCGCGUCUUCCCCGGCGCCGCUCCUCCUCGUCCCGGAGGAAACGGAUCCGGCCGCUCGACUCUCGCCACUAACCGCUCACAGUAGUCUAACGCUUCCCGUGGGAACACUUGUCCUAACGCCGCCGCACUCCCUCUGGGCUGGCGCGUUCGCCCGGGCGCUGAGGACCCCGGCGCUGCUCUGAGACGCCGUGGGUUGAAGGAAGCGCGCCGUGGCGCCGCCGCACAUUCCUGCACCUCCAUGACCUCUGUGACCCGUCAGGCUCCACCCGGAAGGUCCACUUUGAAAGUUUUUGGUUUUUUUCUCCCUCCUUUUUUCCAACAUGUGACCAGAAUCUCCUUCACUUUAUCGAUUAUUUAAUAUUCUUGAUAACUGGACUCAUUGACGUUUCCUCAUCCACAGAGGACUCUCAUCUAUUUCUAGUAAUGGCUCCUCCCCCCACUUAUCCACCCCCCCUGCACCUGACUGAGGUUGAAAGACGAGUACCACUUUUAUGAUCUCACAUUCCCAUGGCAACGCCGUGCCAGUCCUUUGCCCCCCUGGAGGUGUUCUGUAAUACCCCUUUUCCACUAAACCGGUUCCGGGGCUGGUUCUGGUUCUGGGCCAGUGCUGAGUUUGGAACCGAGCUUUCUGUUUCCACUGACAAAGAACCGGUUCCAAGGUAGCACCAACUCUUUGCUGGGUAGUAAGUAGUAAGUAAAGAACUGCUUACGUAAGCAGAGGGGGGCGGAGUUAUUGAGACCAAUGGCAAUACCAAGACUGGGAGACGGAGACAUUUUCAAAUAAGAAUUCAUCUGGAUGCAACAAAUCAUCAUGGGUCUGAGGAGGAGACGACCUGUCUUUUAGUACGGUGGCCGAGACCCGUCAUUGCUGAAAAUUAAAGAAACGCUGCAAAUAAAAAGAAACACCGCUGAAGAUAAAAUAAACGCUUUGCAAAUAAAAUAACCUCUGCAAAUAAAAACAAACGCCGUUACAAAUCAAAGAAACGCUGCAAAUAUAAAGAAACGCCGCUGCAAAUAAAAAAAAAACACGCAAAUAAAAAAGCCACAAAGGAAGUGAAUUACCGGGGACUAUUUUUGCUGAUGCACCAGCGUUUUUUACGUGAGAGGAGAAUAAGAAGACAAAUCGGACGUAAGUGAAAAGGAAUAAAUAAGAAGAGCGAGGAAUAACAAGAACAAUGAAAAUAAGUGAAAAGGUUAGUGUUCAACGUCGGUAUGUGUAAUUUUUAAUGUGCAACACCGGUGCAUCGGCAAAAAUAGUCCCCGGUAAUUCACUUCCGUUGUGGCUUUUUUAUUUGCGUGGUUUUUUAAUUUUAUUUGCAGCGGGGUUUAUUUAUAUUUGCAGCGGCGUUUCUUUUUGUUUGCAGCGUUUAUUUUAUUUGCUAAGCGUUUAUUUUAUUUGCAGCGGCGUUUAUUUCUGUUUACAGCGUUACUUUUAUUUUUUAGCAAUGGCGGGUCUCGGCCACCGUAUUUUAGAGAUGUGGUUCACGGAAGAGCUACGAGGACCAAGUCCUAUUAGAGCAAAUACAUUGUUGAUGCUUCAACUUUAACGCAAACGCAGCGACGUAACUCAUGUUUGCAGUGACGUAAUGACGUGGCUCCCUUUAGCACCGGAGCUGUGGAAAAACAAACCGGUUCUCAGCUGGUUCCAAGUUGAACGAGUUGUGAACCAGAACCAGCACUGGCCUGGAACCAGUUUGGUGGAAAAGGGGUAGCCGCCGUGAACGUGCAUGAGCUUCAAUCGCGCUUAAAACCUCCACCGACCAGGGAAACAUCCUAAAAUCCCGGCUUGUGGUUUGGUCCUGAAACACAUUUGUUUUUAGUUGAGUUUUAUCAUUUGAUGAUGGAACUGAGAAAAAAGGGUACGGAAUAACCAACUAUUCCCUCCCUCUCCGUUAACUUUUGGGUGCCAAAACAUCACAAUGAAUAUUAACCAUCCUUAUUUACUGACGAAAACUCUUCUUUUUUUUUUACACGUGUAAGUAUUGUUUACAACUACCACUAAAAUAAUGUUACAUCUAUUUAUAGAAUAUCUAUUUAUUGCUUGUUUUAGGUGCUUAAACGAUAUAAAAGGAUAAGUGUUGCUAUUAUAACAAUAACGCUCUGCUAAAAUCUCAAUAAAAGUAAUUUUUUGAUCAAGAUUGCUCUUAAAACGAGUGGAAAGGGAAACAUUAGGGAGGUUUGUUUAUGGUUUUGUUUUUAAAUGUUCGAUUUCAUCCCAGAGAGACGACGCAGAUGAAUAAAUCUUAACUUUAGAAAUAAACUUUCCGCUUGUUUUAAGUGAAAUUUUGGAUCCAGAAAUGACUUGAGAGACACACGCUCACACGCACGCUUAAUCCAGUGGGUAGACGUUUAAACUUGAGGGGAAAUGCAUGUGAUAUUAUGGGAUUGAGGCGAGUUUCUAAGUCUGCGUUGAUGGAAGCAGAGAGAAGGAGUAGGAUCACGCAGCGCGCACACUUUAGUGCCCCAGCAGUUAUUGUUUAGACGUCCAAACACGUCAUCGACACGCACGACGGCCAAACCUCCAGCCCUGCAGGGCAGCGGCCGAUGCUCGGCGUCUCUGACGUCAUCACCUUACAGCCUUCCUCACUUUGACCCGGUUGGUUCCCGGAAUCGCGGCAUUAUGGGCCGUAUAGAGGGAAUGCACAUGACGUCACAGAUGCGAGUUACGCCCACUGAGUGGCAGUAAGACUGAGUGGCAGCGUAAACUUUCAGUUUGAGCAACUCAAAAACAUCUAAAAUGGGAAAGAGCUGUUGUGCGAUCGACUGUACUCAUAGAUUUAGCAAGAAUUAUAGAGUUAUCGUUUUACAGACUGCCAAAAAAUAAGCUUAAGAGAGACAAAUGGGUCGCUGCAAUUCGCAGAAACAACUGGAUUCCAGGCACCGAAACGUGGAUUUGUGGUUCCCAUUUUGUAUCAGGUAAUGUUGGAUUUUUGGGUAGCUAACGUUAAACGGUCAAAUCAUAAAGUUCGGUGUCCUCAUCACUUUGAUUUCCCCAACAAAUCCUGCCUUGAAGUAGGACAAGCGUCAAGACUUUUGUAAGCCUUCAAGCUUUGCUUCGUGUAUUUCCCCGGCGUAGAAAUUAAGUACAUAUAAACAUCAGGAAACUGGAUUCGUGGCCAAAUAUUAAUAUCCAUGGACCACUGGUUCUUCAGGUAACUGUAGGGUCACUGUCAAGUCCAACUGCCUUUAAUUUAAGCCGAUAAUAUCCCGUCUUCUCCAUUAGUUGCAGCUGUUUUUGCCACUCAGUGUGGGUAAGGGGGCUGGUCCAGUGGUGAAGUGACGUCAAUGCAGACUCUCUAUUUUGUUGCCGACACUGAAACCGGUGUUCUGUCAAUUCAUGCUACCCGUCGAGAACUGCUACUUUGUCGAUUUUCAAAGUUUGAUUGCCAUGGCCAUCAUUUCUUGCAUCCCUUCAGUCCACGCUGAAAAAUAUUGUAAUGUUAGAUUUUCCCUCAUCUACUGUUUUAAAUAGUUUUUGAAAUGAGAAAUUGAGACAAUUUUUGUUUGUGUGCCUUUACUUUUAUUUCUUAUUAUUUUAUACUUAUUGUCAAUCCAAAAAUAGUGAUUACAAAAUGGAUAAAUUGAAGUAUAAGUAUGCUGACAUUCAUCCUGCAGUGGCAGUGAGUUGAUUAGUAUCUUACCUGAAUGCAUUAAGUGACGGGAACAUUAUUUGAUAGGAUGUUACUGGACUAUCAAAUUAUGCUACCCUUGAAAUAUUGAUUUAAAAUUGAUAAUAUGCGACGUUGGGUAUUUGAUACUUCAAAAUACACUACCGAUGACAUGAAUUGCAUUACACUUUGUGAACAUUAUACGAUAAGGGGAAAAAAAAACCAAUUCUAUCGCUUUAUUUGAUAUUGAUUCAGUCAUUCGCCUUUAUUUAACCAGGUCAAUAAGAACACAUUCUUAUUUACAAUGACGGCCUGGCAAGCGACAAGGUCCACAAGACAAGGACGUGGGCUACAGGGAGUAAAACACAGUAAAAUUCUAGCUCUACAAAGGUAGAAAACCAUUAGGUAGCAUUUUUUUGAUAGGGUAGCAAAAAUCAACAGAACACAGGUUUAUUUCUCAGAUUUGCACUUUUUUCCCCUCUCUCCUCCUCCUCCUCCACGCACGUUUCCAGCGCCUCAGAGGGUGGAGCCUCCACCUCAGGUGGAAACUCCCUCUGAACCGCAGCAUUCCCAUCAAAAAGGUCCAACCCGGUCGUUCAGCUCUUUAAGGCCGUCUCAAGCCUCCCGAACCGGAUCACUGUGGCUCUCCAAGCGGGUUCUGUUGUGCAGGACACGUGGAGAUGCAAAAAAACACAAAACCAAUUUUUAAAUCGAAAAGUUUACUGAAGGAUGAUCAAUAAUGUGUAACAGAGAGGAAGCUGAGUGGGAGGAGCCAGUCGGUGCAAGAGUUUAGAGAUAAAAGUUAUUGGUGCCUUUUUUUUUAAUUACAUUUUAUACAAUGUUCAUGGUGAUAUAAUGCUCUGUUUAAAAAAAAAAAAACAAAGUACUUUUAAACUGUAUAAAUACUUAUUCGUUUUUUUGCUGUGUAUUAUUUGUAAUUUGUUCUACUAGACUUGUGUAAUAAA